AUGGCGCAGAAGGACCUCGUGGAUGGACGGUUAUCACCAUUCUUCUUAGUCUUCAUGUUUUCAUUCAAGGAAAUGUUUCAGUAUAUUUUAGGAGGUUCUCACUUGGAUCUAUGUCUUGUGCAGAAUAGUGGACUUCCAUGGUUAACACCGAAGCCAGGUUUGAGUCUUAGCAGUCUAACAGAUGCCAUUGCUGGUGCAUUCGGUGAGGAUUCUGAAGGUCUGCCUGCUGUUGCUACUGCUGUUGCUGCAGCAGCUACUGGAUUAGGUUUAUUGGCUUUUACUGAGAUGGAAACGGUUCUCCAACUUCUGGGUUCAGCUGCAAUCAUUCAGUUUGUGAGCAGGAAACUCCUAUAUGCCGAGGAUCGGAAGAAAACAUUACAAGAAGUUGAUGAGUUCUUAAAUACAAAGGUGGCCCCACAAGAUCUUGUUGAUGAGUUGAAGGACAUUGGAAAGGCUAUAUUACCAUUACCUGCAACAGAGAAGGCGCUACCUGCACCAGCAGAGGCAGCUGUGGAGGCUGCAACGUCCAGUGACACCGUACAGAAAGCAGAAGCUGUUGUGGAGCCUGCUCUCGAGACAAAUUCGGUUGCUAAACAAGAAGUAAAGGCAGAAUCACUGCCCAAAAUCUCAAGGCCGCUUUCUCCAUAUCCUUCUUAUCCAGAUUUCAGGCCUCCGACGUCUCCUACACCGUCGCAGCCGUAA